UGCUGUUAGGUCGGGCCUACCGGCACAGAUUGUCAAUUUCUCCAUUCGGGAGAAAUCACCCAAGUACGCUUUCAACGUAUUGUUCGUUAGUAAAACUCAACAUCGAGCAGGGAUAUUUUGACAAGGCACUAAAAAUGCUUUCCAAACUUGAAGCUCGCCUUCGCAAUACCGACAAGUCCACGUGGACCACCAUCUACUGGGGAAAUUUGUUUUACAAUAUGUCUUUGACAUAUAGAGACCUCGGAUUUCGCGAAGAAGAAGAAAAGUUUGCUCUUCUCUCUCUACAAGCCGAUCGGAAGGGUCUUGAAACCAGCCAUCGUUUCCUGACAUUCUCAGCCGGGCAAUAUGUACAGUCUUUAGAGAGAUCGGUAUUACCUGGCGAUACCUCUAACGCAGUAGCGACAUUUCUCAAGGAUGAACGCUGUCGCCUUGAAUUGAACGUCUUACAUGAACGGUAUUGGGAAGUGUUUUUGAAAAACUCGGCAAUGCGAAUCAGCAUCUUGAUUUUCUGCUGCGCAACUAUCUCCUCCGCCAUUACCGCGUUUGAUAAUAUUGUAGGACUCUACCGCGAGAAUAAGAUCGAUCCAUGGCAGCUGUGGAGCAAGGAGAUGUCUGAUGCUUACUAUGAUGAAGAUCUGAGACUGGGACUCCGUAAAGCGAUAAAAGUACACUCAAGCGUCACCAAGAUCUUCGGUACAUAUUCCAAAUGGUUUCAACCUCAGCAAGAAUUUUUGCAAAAUAAUUUAAUGACCAUUCUAUUGGAAACGCUGCUGCAUGGAAUCGAUAGCGAGGGCGAGAAACAGAACUUGAGGAUGUUAACCGCCCUCUCGAAUGAUCCUUUACAAACAAGCUACGUGGCACUGAGAAAUAAGUACGUUACUAUAUGGCAUGGCGCAUGGUCUGAGAUUGAGAGAAUAUCACUUGCAUAUGAUAUCAACUGUUAUAUUCAGCCGGAGCAUUUGUGCUUCGUCGGGAUAGAAAGCAAAGAGUUGGAGUUGACUGUUCUUAUGAGCGUUACACUCUCCGGAAGUGUCCCUGCAGUUGACCUUGUGAUGAGUAAACAACCCAGUGUUCAUGUUGAGAACUCUAGCGGGGAUACAGCUCUCUUCUAUGCGGCAAGGGGGCAUCAUUUCGACAUAUUUAUCACCCUGCUCAAAGGGUACGAUUGUGAUCAACCACGCCCAAAGAUGGUCUUCGGUCAAACCAGUCUUCUCCAUCUCAUUUCAAGAAAAACCUGGCAAUCACACGCAGAAGCAAAGGAUCGGCAGCAGCGCGCUGCUAUUGAGUUACUGGAUAGAUGUACAGAAGCAGAUUUGGAGAUGAAAGAUGAAGACGGGAAAACGCCAUUGGACAUCGCUCGCGCUGACAAGGUAGUGGGACUUGUUAGGAUAUUCGAAGAUUUCAUUGCUAAGAGGAAGCGAUUUUAAGAAGAAGAAAAUAUGAGAUUGGCUGGAUAUGUUACAAAGCAGGAAUAGUUAUUAUAUUUUGUGUAAUACUAAAGCCGG